UGCAGUGUUUCAGCUGAUAUGCACACAAUUUUUGUCAAUAUAUUUAAUCAACAGUUUCAAAUUACCUAUUCAAAACCAUAAAAGCGACAAUGGAAAUUGAAGAUUUCAUCAAAGGUCUACGAUUAUUACAUUCCCGUUCGCCAGAAUCAUCGGAUGAAUUGAAAAAAUUACUGGAUUUUUAUCAUGCUAAAAAAAUGAAUUAUAAUUUGGAAUCACGAAAACCCAAAGAUAGCAUCUUGAAUGCUUUUUCUUCAUUGCAAAGCUUGAAUCAAGGAAUACGUGGUGAAGAUAAGAAAACAAAAGCUUUAGAAGAAGAUUCCGAGACAACAGAUAUCGAAGAUAAUGAAAUGCUUGAUUCGAAUGAUGCAUCCAAUAUUGUGAAUAAUCAAUGUAUCAUAUGUAAACAAGGGGAAUCCAAUAAUCGUCUUUUAGAAUGUCAAGAAUGUCGAUCAUGUUUUCAUCCUGAAUGUCAUAAACCAAUAGUUCCCAAAAAAGAUAUAAACGAUCCACGAUCAAUUUGGUAUUGUUUUAAGUGUAAAAAUACUGGCAGAAAGCUUAACAAAAAUGCUAUUGUUGCGACUAACAGUGGAAAAGUGAUAAUCGAUCCCAAUAAGGUAGUGAAUGCACCGAAAUCUACUUUAGAUACAAUGAAACGCCCUAAUAAGAUUGCAACUACACAAUCGACACCGUAUCAUCCGAUUUUAAAGGCAAUGUCCACAACAGGAACGGGUAUGGGUAAUUAUGUUCGUCAAUCUUCCACAGUGGCUAUUCAUGCAAAUGUGACAAAUAAAACAAAAACAAGCGCCACUAUUGGAUCAAUACAUUCUGCAUACAAUCCAUCUACUACCAUAUCUAACUUGGAUAAACGUUUGGCUAAUAUGAAAAAAACAAAAUCUGGUCUCAAGUUUUCCUAAAAAUUCGUUCCAUUCCGUUAUAUUUCAUGAUAAAAUAAAAUUUUGCGAAAAAUUUCAA